GUUUGUGUUACUGUGUGACGUCACUUUUGGAGAGGAAAUCGCCAGUCAUAACCAUCGGACCUCUGUGAAAUUGUCCGUGCUGCUAAAAUUAACUUCCUUAUUGCGCAAGUUUGUUGUCGGGAGAGGUAUAAGUCUGACAGAUCACCUGAACUUUUUUAGCCUAAAGUUCCGUUAACGACUGAACGCAAUAAUGUCUUCUUAUCCAAAAGAUCCAGCCUAUGGAAAAGCUCCGAAUGACCCAGCCUACCCACCUGGGCAUUAUGGGGCUCCCCCUGGAUACCCCUCAGCCCCACCUCCAUACUCGCACACUCUGGUAGGCCAGAACCCCGUACCCAUGUACGCUCAGCAGCAGCAGUACACUUACGCCGCAGCUCAAGCCCCUGCUGCUGCGUACCCUCCCGGCCAGCCCAUGAUGCACGGAGGGCCCGGUCCUGCUCCUCCAGCAUAUGGCUAUCAGCCGCAGGUUGCCAAUCCUGGCUACCCAGUCCAGCCCGGCUUCAGCGCCUACCCAGGUUAUCAGGUGGCAGCCAUGGCACAGUUUGAUUCCGGGGCUCGCUUUGACGGCAUUUCAUCGCAGAACAUUCCGCCUCCCCCUCCUGGCUGUGCCCCGAAUGCAGCCCAGAUGACGGCUUCUCAGGGUGGCCAGGUUUUCGCCACACAGAAGAAGGACAACUGGUUCACGGGGGGAAAAGGAGGCGGGGUCUCCUUCUGGUGAGAACCAGUUUGAAACUUCCUGAACGGCUCUGAACGAGGUCAGAUUCACACGAGGCUCGGCAAACGACGCUGGCUGCCUUCUCGUUGUGUCUGACUCGCAGAUGUCAAUGUGGUUUUUCUUUUUUAAUCUGUGAUGGACGGUCAAAUGUGUAUGUUUAUGAUUAGUAUACAUUCUAGCACGUGCAUAUAGAGGGAAAUUGGCCGGACUCGAGGAAUCAUUUUGUCAUGUACGAAUUUCUCGAUGUACGUGUGUUACAAAGUUUAUACACGUGUUUAAAUUUAUAAGAACCAAAUUCGGGACCUGAAAAUCUGUUCACUAUGUGCGUAUUUGCUAUGUGCGUGCUAGACUAUUGUUUUCAGGUAUUUAAAAAAUUGUUUUUAUACAUAACUUGCAUUAUAAAACUAAAGGAUAGUAAUUUGCGUUGAGCAGGGAGAAAGAUUUUUUUUUCUCUUAUUUUUGUGUGAUUUUGAUCAAAAGUGAGCACUUUAUAAGGCAUUCGGGGAGCAUGUCUAGUGGUAGGUCCGAUAGUCAGUAGCGUUGUUUGAUACGUUUUGGUGGAUGCUUGACUGUGGACCUGGUUUUACGAUUUGGGCAGCUUUCUCCUUUUGUUUUUCACAAUUUUUUUGGAAAUUUUGUAGUUCUGUAACUGCUGUGAAUGAAGUGGAGAAGAGUUGUGCGUCUUUUUGUAUUGAUUAUCAACGUUGUAAAUAUUUAGUCUUCUCCACACUGUGGGCUGCUUUGACUGCGAGAGAAUGGUGUUGUUUGUUUGUUUAUUUGUCUGUCUGUCUGUUUUUCUGUUUGUUUGUUUAAGGCCAGAGUUGGAUGUGUGCUUGAUGCUCACAGAGAUGUUAGGUCUCCUCUGUCCUCCAUUUCUUCUUCUUAAGUAAUAUAAGGCAGAUAAUUUUUGUAGCGCCUGCUCCCUUUUGCACACAGCUCUAGGUGCCUUUCAUAAAUGCAAGUACAGAAGACAGUUAUUGCGAAAAAAAUUAAUGUGUGUGGCACUGAUGAAAUCAAGCAUUCAUCGAAAUGAUGAGAUCAAAGAAAUCACCUAAUUUUCCAUCUGUUGAGCAGUUUAUAUUGAAUUCCCCCCACACACACCCCAUAAUAUCAGUUCAAAAAUACAUUUCUGUGUAGCUUUUAUUUUUAAAAAUGUACAUUCACAGUUUCUAUGGCAUGGACUUUCAAGCUUUGGCAAAGGGAGGGAAUAAACAAGGAGUGUUUUGAUCAUACAACAAAUCACCCAGAAUUUUUUUUCUUGUAUCCACAUUUGGGUGAUUUACACCAAAAACAGGCAGCGGAUGAAACCAGUCUAUGAUAAACGGAUAGAGAUGUUGUUGUUUGUGUGAAAUGGUCCCAUAACACACUAGAGUGUCCAGGAACAAAUGCAGGGCGACUUGUGUUGGGACUUAACACGUAACUCUUUCUUUACCAAGCGACGGUUCAUCUGUGCCCUUCUUUGCACCUUUUGACUACGUACUGGUAUAAUUUUUGGUAGGGAAAGCAGAUUUGCCCAAUACUCCGAUAAAAUUGGAGUUCUCGGAUUUAAUGAUCAUUUUGUACCCCCGGGGUUGUAUUCUUCACAUUUUAGAAUACUUCUAGUAGGAAGAUAUCUUUGAAACUUUCAGCAUUUCGCAAAAAAUCGUUUUGACAGACUGCUAUGUAAAGUGUACGGAUCGGAUUAAUGAGUAAAUUUCCUCUUUGGAAAGUGAUGGCACAGAGUUCCCCUCAUCCUAUGGAUGAUAAUAAAAAACGGUGUAUGGACUGGGUUUAAAUUGCCUGUGGAAGAACUCUGAUUGGAUUUGCAUAAAUUUUAAUUUUUCUCUUUAUUCCAUUUCUGUCAGGUUGAAUAAGACUUAUUGUAAAUGAAGUGAAAAUUUUUUAAAUUUGAAUUUGUUUGUGUGAAUUUGCACAAACUCCUUUUUUUGGUGGGGUAUUUUGAGGAAAACUCCCUAUUUUUGGUCAUGAGAUGAUUGGUUGGCAGGUGUGGAAAAGGGUGAAUGAUCUGCAGAACUUGCGUGGAAAUAAAAAGUUUAAAAAAAAA